AGGGAAAAAAUGUUUUUCAUUAAGAUGAACAUGUGAACUUUAUGACAGAAUGUUAUAAUUAGGUGAAAUAAAAUGGGGGUGUUUCUCAACAAGUUACACUACUCAAAUUGUGGAACGGUCCAACACUGUUCCUCUAAAAAUAGGAAACAUUGUAGCAACUAACUUAUCUACUGUGGAAAUAUUUUUAUUGGUUCAUUUGACCUCGCGAUGAAGCAACUGUUGGCAGUUGAUUGGCUAGCGACAUCGCUCAGUUUGUUCUAGACUGUUCUGCGGAAAUCACCAGCACGGUCAGCUUCUGCGAGGAGUACUUCUGUACUAAUCAGGGUGAAGCGACAUUUUCAGGCUGAUUUGUAAUAUUUAAUAAGACACCAUGUCAAAGGGACCAGCAGUUGGCAUUGACCUGGGCACCACCUACUCCUGUGUGGGUGUGUUCCAGCAUGGCAAAGUAGAGAUCAUAGCCAACGACCAGGGAAACAGGACCACACCCAGUUAUGUCGCCUUCACAGACACAGAAAGGCUGAUUGGGGACGCAGCCAAGAACCAAGUGGCCAUGAACCCCACAAACACAGUGUUUGAUGCUAAGCGGCUGAUAGGGCGGAAGUUUGACGACAGUGUCGUCCAGGCAGACAUGAAACACUGGCCGUUUACAGUGAUCAACGACUCGACACGGCCCAAGGUCCAAGUGGAGUACAAGGGAGAGACCAAGGCCUUCUACCCAGAGGAGAUCUCCUCCAUGGUGCUGGUCAAGAUGAAGGAGAUUGCAGAGGCCUACCUGGGCAAGACUAUAACCAAUGCAGUGGUCACUGUGCCAGCUUACUUCAACGACUCUCAGCGCCAGGCCACCAAAGAUGCAGGGACUAUCUCAGGACUCAACGUACUCCGCAUCAUCAAUGAGCCAACUGCUGCUGCUAUCGCCUACGGCCUGGACAAGAAGGUGGGAGUGGAGAGAAACGUCCUGAUCUUCGACCUAGGCGGCGGUACGUUUGAUGUGUCUAUCCUGACCAUCGAAGACGGGAUCUUUGAGGUGAAGUCCACGGCCGGAGACACCCAUCUUGGAGGAGAGGACUUCGACAACCGCAUGGUCAACCACUUCAUCUCUGAGUUCAAGCGCAAAUACAAGAAGGACAUCAGCGAUAACAAGAGGGCCGUGCGUCGUCUGCGCACCGCCUGUGAACGUGCCAAGCGCACCCUGUCCUCCAGUACCCAGGCCAGCAUUGAGAUUGACUCUCUGUAUGAGGGCGUCGACUUCUACACCUCCAUCACCAGAGCUCGCUUUGAAGAGCUGAAUGCUGACCUGUUCAGAGGCACCCUGGACCCCGUGGAGAAGUCUCUGAGGGACGCCAAGAUGGACAAGGCCCAGGUUCACGACAUCGUCCUGGUGGGAGGCUCCACACGCAUCCCCAAGAUCCAAAAGUUGCUGCAGGACUUCUUCAAUGGGAAGGAGCUCAACAAGAGCAUCAACCCUGAUGAGGCUGUCGCCUAUGGUGCAGCUGUCCAGGCGGCCAUCUUGUCCGGAGACAAGUCUGAGAACGUGCAGGACCUGCUGCUGCUGGACGUCACGCCACUCUCCCUGGGUAUUGAGACGGCCGGAGGGGUCAUGACCGUGCUCAUCAAGAGGAACACCACCAUCCCCACCAAGCAGACACAGACCUUCACCACAUACUCAGACAACCAGCCUGGGGUGCUCAUUCAGGUAUAUGAGGGGGAAAGAGCCAUGACCAAAGACAACAACCUACUGGGGAAGUUUGAGUUGUGUGGGAUUCCACCAGCCCCCCGGGGUGUGCCUCAGAUCGAGGUGACCUUUGACAUUGAUGCCAACGGCAUCAUGAAUGUGUCCGCCGCUGACAAGAGCACCGGCAAGGAGAAUAAGAUCACCAUCACCAAUGACAAAGGUCGUCUGAGUAAGGAGGACAUAGAGCGCAUGGUCCAGGAGGCUGAACAGUACAAAGCUGCAGACGAUGUCCAGAGGGACAAGGUGGCGUCCAAGAAUGGCCUGGAGUCAUACGCCUUCAACAUGAAGUCCACCGUGGAGGACGAGAAGCUCAAGGGCAAGCUCAGCGAUGAGGACAAACAGAAGAUCUUGGACAAAUGCAAUGAGGUCAUCAGCUGGCUGGACAAGAACCAGUCUGCAGAGAAGGAGGAGUUUGAGCACCACCAGAAGGAGCUGGAGAAGGUCUGUAACCCCAUCAUUACCAAGCUGUACCAGGGUGCUGGGGGGAUGCCCGGGGGGAUGCCUGGGGGGAUGCCCGGGGCUGGUGGUGCCGCACCUGGAGCAGGUGGAUCCUCUGGACCAACAAUUGAGGAAGUCGACUAAACCAUUUAGUAUUAUUUUACUCUUGAUUGGAUAUUAUAGUGGUCCACAUUAAAUAGUGGUCCACAUUCUAUGGCUUGGAAUGGACUGAACCUUUAUUUUCAGAAUCUGCAUUGACAACUUUUUGUUUAUUUUGGUCAUUAAUCUAUGCUGAAAGCAACCAUGGAUUGAGUCUUUUCAUGGGCACUGUUCUACCUAUUGUUAAAUGUUUUACGUUUUCAAACGUUUUCAGUUUAGCCAAUAAAUGGUUACUAUACAGAGCAUGUUUUUCACCAGUUGCAUUCUGCGACUGCAAAAUGUUUUUGCCUUUGCACUGCGCUCUUGGCUAAAGGUAAAUCUUAAAAAAUAAAAUCUCUUGAAUUCACA